UGACGAGCGAAGUUUUGGCUUCACCCUUGCUUUUCACCAUGAAAUAAAAGUCCUAAGCCUGUAGCUCUCCCUGUCCUAAGGGAGUGUGCAAAGGGAGGGAAAAUAAGCGGCGUGGGUGAGGGGUGGCGGAGCAGAACCGAGGAAGAGAGGAGAGGCGCUAGCCAGCCUCUGCCCGGAGGGCGUGGACCGGAGCGCAAGCCAGAACAGGUCCAGCGUUCUCGCGGCCACUGCCGGCGGCGGGAGGGGCCCGGCGGGAUCUCAGCCGGCCGACCCGCGUGUGGAUCAGCUGCAAGCGGCCAGCGAGAAACUCCCUUGGAUCCGCUUGGAGCUGCCGGACACCGCACGACCCUCUCCCGCAGCAAGCCAGCUAGGGGGAGAAGUUUCCCUGAGAGAAGGUGCUGUGAACUGCAAACAAUGACCUUGUCUUAAUACUGCAGACAUACCGUAGUGGAACUAAAGGGGAACUUAACUUACUGGGCAGCCCUCAUCUAAGGCCUGUUGUGGAGGGAUAAAGGCCCAACUCAGGACAGCUCUAAGGAUCACGCCCACCCCAGAACUCCCUGUAAGGUGAACUACGUUCUUCUCAGCUUUAAACCAAAAGUAAAAGGAAGCAUUACGAUUUUCAUUAUUCCUGAAUUGCCUCUAUCCUGAAGAGCAAUGGAGAUGCUGUCAGGUGGAAGAGGAUUAAUUGUAUCUGUAAUUUGUUUCCUGUUAAAAUUCUCUACAGCCAUGGAAAUACCACUUUCAGUUCAACAGGUUCCAACAAUCAUAAAACAGUCAAAAGUGCAAGUUGCCUUUCCCUUUGAUGAAUAUUUUCUAAUUGAAUGUGAAGCUAAAGGAAAUCCAGAACCAACAUUUAUGUGGACUAAGGAUGACAAGCCUUUUGAUCUCUCUGACUCUCGGAUAAUUGCAUCUAACAACUCAGGAACCUUUAAGAUCCCAAAUGAGGGACACAUAUCUCACUUUCAAGGGAAAUACCGCUGCUUUGCUUCUAAUAAACUGGGAGUUGCUAUGUCAGAAGAAAUAGAAUUUAUAGUUCCAAAUGUUCCAAAAUUUCCAAAAGAAAAAAUUGACCCUCUUGAAGUGGAGGAGGGAGAUCCAAUCGUCCUCCCUUGCAACCCUCCCAAAGGCCUUCCACCUCUACACAUUUAUUGGAUGAAUAUUGAAUUAGAACACAUCGAACAAGAUGAAAGAGUAUAUAUGAGUCAAAAGGGAGAUCUGUACUUUGCAAAUGUGGAAGAAAAAGACAGCCGGAAUGAUUACUGUUGCUUUGCUGCAUUCCCAAGGUUGAGGACUAUUGUGCAGAAAAUGCCAAUGAAACUCACAGUUAACAGUUUAAGGCAUGCUAAUGACUCAAGUUCAUCCACAGAAAUUGGUUCCAAGGCAAAUUCGAUCAAGCAAAGAAAACCCAGACUGCUGUUGCCUCCUCCUGAAAGUGGCAGUGAGUCUUCAGUUACCAUCCUCAAAGGGGACACCCUGCUGCUGGAGUGUUUUGCUGAAGGCCUACCAACUCCACAGGUUGAUUGGAACAAAAUAGGUGGUGACUUACCAAAAGGAAGAGAAACAAAAGAGAAUUACAGCAAGACUUUGAAGAUAGAGAAUGUGUCCUACCGGGACAGAGGGAAUUAUCGCUGCACAGCCAACAAUUUCUUGGGAUCAACCACUCAUGAUUUUCACGUUAUAGUAGAAGAGCCUCCUCGCUGGACAAAGAAACCUCAGAGUGGCGUGUACAGCACUGGGAGCAGUGGUAUCUUGUUAUGUGAGGCAGAAGGAGAACCUGAACCCACAAUCAAGUGGAGAGUGAAUGGUUCCCCCAUCGACAGAAAUCCAUUUGCUGGUGAUGUUGUCUCCCCCAGGGAAAUCAGUUUUACCAACCUGCAACCAAAUCACACGGCUGUGUACCAGUGUGAAGCCUCAAAUGUCCAUGGCACUAUCCUUGCCAAUGCCAAUAUCGAUGUUGUAGAUGUCCGUCCACUGAUCCAAACGGAAGAUGAAGAGAACUACGCUACGGUGGCUGGGUAUAGUGCUUUCUUACACUGCGAGUUCUUUGCCUCACCUGAGGCAAUAGUGUCCUGGCAGAAGGUGGAAGAGGCGAAACCUCUUGAAGGUAGACGGUACCAUGUCUAUGAAAAUGGCACAUUGCAGAUCAACAAAACCACAGAAGAUGAUGCUGGCUCAUACUCCUGUUGGGUAGAAAAUGCUAAAGGAAAAACCGCAGUCACAGCCAACUUGGAUAUUAGAAAUGCUACAAAGCUUCAAGUUGCUCCGAAGAACCCUCGUGUCCCCAGACUGCAUGCACUUGAAUUACAUUGCGAGAGCACGUGCGACCCACAUUUGAAGCAGAGUUUGAAGCUGUCCUGGAGUAGGAAUGGCGAAGCCUUUGAAAUUAAUGCCACAGAGGAUGGCAGGAUAAUUAUUGAUGGAGCUAAUUUGACUAUAUCUAAUGUCACCUCAGAGGACCAAGGUAUUUACUCCUGUUCAGCUCAGACGGCUCUGGAUAGUGUUACUGAUGCAACUCAAGUAACUGUCCUGGAUGUUCCGGAUCCACCAGAAAGCCUACAGUUGUCUGAAAGGCAGAACAGGAGUGUUCGGCUGACGUGGGAAGCUGGAGAUGACCACAAUAGCCAUAUUAGCGACUAUAUUGUUGAAUUUGAAGGAAACAAAGAAGAACCUGGACGAUGGGAGGAAUUGGCUAGAGUCCAAGGCAAAGAAACAACCAUCACGCUAUCUUUGGCUCCAUAUGUGAGAUACCAGUUCAGGGUCAUAGCCGUGAAUGAAGUAGGGAGAAGCCAACCUAGCCAGCCGUCAGACCAUCAUGAAACCCCUCCAGCAGCUCCAGACAAGAAUCCACAAAACAUAAGGGUUCAAGCCUCUCAACCCAAGGAAAUGAUAAUAAAAUGGGAGCCCUUGAAAUCCAUGGAGCAGAACGGACCAGGACUGGAGUAUAGAGUGAGCUGGAAGCCACAGGGAGCCCCCGUGGAGUGGGAAGAAGAAACAGUUACAAACCAUACGUUGCGGGUGAUGACGCCUACUGUCUACGCGCCUUAUGAUGUCCAAGUCCAAGCCAUCAAUCACCUUGGCUCUGGCCCAGAGCCUCAGUCAGUGAUUCUCUAUUCUGGAGAAGACUAUCCUGAUACAGCUCCAGUGAUCCAUGGGGUGGACGUUAUAAACAGCACAUUAGCUAAAGUUACCUGGUCAACAAUUCCGAAGGACAGAGUGCAUGGACAUCUGAAAGGAUACCAGAUAAAUUGGUGGAAAACAAAAAGUUUGUUGGAUGGAAGAACACAUCCCAAAGAAGUAAACAUUCUGAGAUUUUCAGGACAAAGAAAUUAUGGGAUGGUUCCUUCUCUGGAUGCCUUUAGUGAAUUUCACUUAACAGUCUUAGCCUAUAAUUCCAAAGGAGCUGGUCCAGAGAGUGAGCCUUAUAUAUUUCAAACACCGGAAGGAGUACCUGAACAACCAGCUUUUCUCAAGGUCAUCAAAGUUGAUAAAGAUACUGCCACUUUAACCUGGGGACUACCUAAAAAAUUGAAUGGAAACUUAACUGGCUAUCUAUUACAGUAUCAGAUAAUAAAUGACACCUAUGAACUUGGAGAACUGAAUGAUAUCAACAUUACAACUCCAUCGAAGCCCAGCUGGCGUCUCUCAAACCUCAAUGCAACCACCAAGUACAAAUUCUACUUGAGGGCUUGCACUUCAAAGGGCUGCGGAAAACCAAUCACUGAGGAAAGCUCCACGUUAGGAGAAGGAAGUAAAAGUAUCGGGAAGAUAUCAGAAGGAGUCAAUCUUACUCAAAAGACUCACCCAGUAGAGGUAUUUGAGCCGGGAGCUGAGCAUAUAGUCCGCCUAUUGACUAAGAAUUGGGUUGAUAACAAUAGCAUUUUUGAAGAUGUAAUUGAGACAAGAGGGAGAGAAUACGCUGGUUUAUAUGACGACAUCUCCACUCAAGGCUGGUUUAUUGGAUUGAUGUGUGCGAUUGCUCUUCUCACACUAAUACUGUUAACUGUUUGCUUUGUGAAGAGGAACAGAGGUGGAAAGUACUCAGUGAAAGAAAAGGAAGAUCUGCAUCCAGAUCCAGAAGUUCAGUCAGUAAAAGAUGAAACCUUUGGUGAAUACAGUGACAGUGAUGAGAAACCUCUCAAAGGAAGCCUUCGAUCGCUUACCAGGGAUAUGCAGACCACAGAAAGCGCUGACAGCUUAGUCCAGUAUGGAGAAGGCGACCACGGUCUGUUCAACGAAGAUGGAUCAUUUAUUGGCGCUUAUGCCGGAUCUAAGGAGAAAGGAUCUGUUGAAAGCAAUGGAAGUUCUACAGCAACAUUUCCACUCCGAGCGUAAAUGUAUCCCACGUAAACAACAUCAGUGGUUCACACCAACCUUCCAUAUUUAUCUGUUCAAGGGAGCAAGAACUUUCACAUAGGAAUAGAAACGUAUUGGCAAAAGAUUUCAUCCAGAAUUCAAACAUCUUGCAAUUAUGUUGAGAAAAAUAGCACUGCCUUGAAAAAAAUACCAAGCGCAACAGGCCUAUAUUGUUUGUUUUGUUUUGUUUUUCAGGUCCUGAAAGUUCAGAACACAAAAUAAAUCCUGUAUUUAGAUUCACCUCAACUGAACCCAAAGUAUCCAUCCAGCGUACUCCAUUUUGCCUGGUUUUACUGUUCACUGUGUUUGCCAUAGUUGUUGCUACCUUGUGGGUUUUUCUCUGUGUGCACAUUUGUAUUCAAUCUCUCAGAACUGUCUUAGUGACUUUGCUUCACUACAGGUAAAAAGAUGGUAAGCAAACUGGUUAUUUAAAAUGUAAAGAGGAAUGUGAAUGUCUUAUUAAAGCAGUUCAUUGAAUAUAUACAGUCUAAAUCUAUUAUUUAAAUCUUUAGUAGCAGGAGUCUUAGGUGAACAAUCAACCCGUAUUUAUUGAGCGCCUGGUUGCCCAGAGAUGGUCAUGUUUAAAUACAUUUGUAACUUUUUCAGUUUCAACAUGAAUUUUUUUUUUUUAAUGUCUAUCAGUUCUGACAUCUAGAACCAUCUUGGUUUUUUUUUUUUUUUUUUUUUUUUUUUUUUUUGCUUUUUUCUCGGACUAAAUUCAGCUGCAAAGGAAGUGGUGGUCAGAAGGUUAUCUUAUGAAAGAACAGGCCAAGGUAUCCACGAUGCUGGAGUCUAAUAGCUAUGUCUAUUUAAUAUCUCUGUUUCUAAAUUGACUGCUUUUACCUUUUUUCUAUGUUUAUAUAAUCGUAUGCUUGCAUAUAUUUCAUGAAUGCAUUGUACAUAUUAUGUUAAUAUUUACACAAACCAUAGAUGUGUUUUAUUUUGAAGUGAGAAAAAACAUUAACAGGCAUGUCUGUACAGCUAAAGUAUAUAGUGAGAUAACAUUUUUCAUCAUUUCAGAGCUGCAAGCAAUAACAUGAGGUUCCAAAACUGAAGACUUUGUAUAAAGCAUUUGGAUUAUGUUCUUAUAUUGCUUUCUCUGACAGUUUCCAAAUAAAAUAUCAUAUAAAUAUUGAGGGAAAUGUUUUCAUAUUUUUCAAAAUAAGUUUUUAUUGUUGAGUAUAUUCCUACCCUGGCCUCCAAAAGAAAAAAAAAAACUGUUUACAGUAGAAAUUUCCAUACAUAUGCUUGCCUUUCACAUUUUAAACAUCUUAAGGGUGGGAUCUCUCUGUUCUUCUGUCAAAGUCAGUACAAAUUCAGGGAAUUCAUUUCCUGGUGUGUGGGCUACUAGUCCUUCUAAAAUUGUACAUGAAAAUGGUUUAAAAAUAUUACGAAGGACUGUGCAUGCAUGCCAAUAAAAUUCAGUGUUCAACUUCUCACUUUAUGGAAACAUUUGUUAACCCUACCAUGAAAUUCUUAACUAUGUUUAAGUGAAAGUGACUUACAGAGUUUAUUUUUUGAACUGUAGCUGUGGCCAUAUAUUGUUAAAUCCUGACUUUGAUUUAUGCAGCCCACUGUAUUUCUUGUGGACCAAAAUUAGGGAUGUUUUUAUCAUAGUCAAUGCAGUAAUCCAUAUGAAGUAUCUAACUGUCAUUUUAAACCUUCUGUGUCCUCCAAAAUACAUAGGCAGCAAAAGAAUGUUUGAUUUAAAACAAUGUGUCAUGGGUUCAGGAUUUGACUAAACUCCCAGAAGUAAGAGUUUCCAAAGGGGAAGGUAUCUUGGUCCUCACCCUGUGUGUCCAGCACUGACCUUGAGCUUCAUCCCCAUCUGAUUGCUAAAGCACUUUUCUGGAGGGAAAAAUCAUCACGUUCUCACUUACCUGGGAGGAGUGUCUGGUACUUAGCUACUGAUGAGGCCAAGGUUAGGACUUCUGAGUUUAGUUCUGCUGUUAUUCUAGUCCUCUUCUUUGUCAUCAGCCAAAAAGGUUUUAAGAGAAUCAUGCAGGUUGGAAAUAAUCUCCAAAAAGCAUUAGGUGUAGAUUUAUUAUAAAUUGGUAAUCUUCAAGUUAGAAGUUAACACAAAUACUGUGUUUGAUUUUCCUAGACUUCAGUGUUUCCCUUUAGCAGUCUGAGUAAAAGGGGUGUUUCUGCUCAUAUUUUCUCAAUGACCAAAACUUAGAGAUAUGAUAAAUGACAUUGCAUCAUGACUGCCUUUUGCUAUUUUUCUUCGUACCUUUUCUUAAUACCAUUUGGCUUCUACUGGGAAUCUUCAGUGCAGAAGGAAUUGGUUCAUAACUAACUUUCUCUGUUAACUGUCAAUGUUAUUUUAAUGUAAUAGAUUGUAUAUAAUCUCAAGGAUUAUUGGUGGGGAUGAGUUCCUAGAGAACUGUCCAAGGGUUGGGAAAAUCGAAGUUCUCUUCCUGGUUCCAGCACUGAUUUUGUACAUAAACCUUAGGCACAUUGCUUGACCCCUUUGCUUCAUACUGUCUCAACUAUAAAGUGCUAAUGAUUAUCUCAGUUACCUUAUCUUUGUCACAGGGUGUUCUUUUUUAUGAAGAAAAAUUUGAAAACGAUAAAAGCUAAGAUGCCUUUUAACUUCAUAAACAAACCUUUAAUCUAACGAUGUAUCAAAAGUCACCCCACACAUACCAACUCAACUUUUUUCCUGUGAGCACAUAAAUAUAUUUUUAUAGAAAAACAAAUCUACAGGAAAUAAAAUCUACUGUUCGGUGAGCAGUAUGAUUUGCACAUGCCAUCAAAAUUAUUAAUCAGAAAACAAUCAAGCAGGGUCUUUGCUAUACAAAAGUGUUUUUCACUGAUUUUGCAUGUGUAUUUGUAAGAAAAUGUGAAUUUGGUGGAUUAUUCUAUUGGUAUAAAGGCAUCUGAUAUUUUAGAUGUACCCAUGUUUAUAAAAGUGUAAAGCACAAUGAAAUUAUGCUGGAAGUCUCAAAUAAUAUUUUUUUCCUAUUUUAUAUUCAUGGAAGAGAUGAGAUAAAGAGAGAACAAUAAUGAGAAAUGUUGGUGUGUUUUUCUAAGCAUUUAAAACGUAAUUGCCAACUGAAGCCCUAAAUAUGUUUACAUGCCAUUAAGAUAUGAUUCUUGUAACAAUUUUAAAUUGAUUAUAAAGGGAUUGGGUUUGUAAUCUGUGGUAGUAUAUAUCCUAGUGUUCCCAUAGUGAAAUAAGUAGGGUUGAGCCAAAGCUUACUUUGUUUUGUGUCUUAAAUUGUUUGAUUAUGUCAUCAAAAGAGAUAAAAGGUAUGUAGAACUGGUUUACCUGAUUACUUUUUUUUGGCUUAGAUUAAUACUCAUAGUAAAACUUUAUUAAAAUGUGUUUGUAUUGUAGGUGGUGUUUGUAUUAUGCUUAUGAAUAUGUAUGGUUUAAAAAUAUUUUCAUUAUACAAGAAAUUCAACUUUCCAAAUAAAAGUUCAACUUCGUGUACUCUAAAAAUGUUUGUAUUCUUUUCUAUCCAGACAAGAAGAAUCAGAAUUUAUAAAUCAACCUUACCUCCAGUUGCUUCUGAUCCUGGAAUAUCUAUAAAUGAAGCAUAAAGUUAAAAACUAUAAAUGACAUAUAAGUAUUUUGAUUUGAAUGACCAUAGUUACAAAUGGACAAUUUAAUAGUAAAAUCUGCAAAAUGUAAUUUGCCAAUAAAU